CUUCGGGAUCGGGAUGAAUCCGGCCCACUAAAACCGGCAGACUGCAUAAAAUGCCUAAAAUCUCGGCCCAAAAACGACCGAGCAACGUAUCGGUUGUUGAGAAGAGGAACGCCGAAGCUUAAAGCAACGGAAAACGACUUGUGAGGUGCGUUUGUGAGCGGUGUACGUAACACUCGGAGCUUUCUCCUCUUCGACACGUCUUUCUCUCUCUUCUCUCUCUCUAAACUUUUUCUAUAAAAUUGGAAGAAAAAGAGUCCCAAAGUUUUGCUUUGAUUGAUUCGUUUCAGACUUCUCUCAAAUUCUCUCUCCACUCUCUCUCUCUCUCUCUCUCUCAAUCGCAAGGAAAAAAGGUUCAAGCUUUAUGGGAAAGAUCCAGUCCUUCAAGCAGGAGUUCUCAUUCGAUGAACGAGUUGAAGAAUCGAAACAUAUAAUUUCGAAAUACCCAGAUCGAGUUCCCGUGAUUCUUGAAAGAUAUUCCAGGACAGACCUGCCGGAAAUGGAAAAGAAAAAAUUCCUGGUUCCUAGAGAUAUGUCUGUCGGGCAGUUUAUCCAUAUCUUAAGCAGCAGGCUUCACUUGACUCCGGGGAAAGCUCUUUUUGUUUUUGUGAAUAACACUUUACCUCAAACAGCCAGUCGCGUGGAUUCCAUCUAUGAAACUUACAAGGAGGAUGACGGUUUCCUGUAUAUGUGUUACAGCAGCGAGAAAACCUUUGGUUAGCCUUGCCAUCUCCUCCCCUAAUCAUCUAAUCGCCUUGUCCAUCUCAGUGACUUGUAAGUAUUCAUUGUUAACUUGUUGUCAAUCCGAACGGGCCCGUGAGGCGUGCUUCACUCUGUAUGAUCAUGUUCGUUGUAUAUUUGAUUCAUUGUGAAUUCUGUGAAGUUCGUACUUUUAAUAAUGCAACAUUUACCAAUUCA